CGUACUAUUCCUUCUCUUAAAACAAAACUAUGCCAGUGAUUAAUACAAUUUUGUAUUUCGCUCUUGUUAUUCAUGGGAGUACAUGCAUUUUGGCCUUUGCAAAAAAUUGUACUUGCGAUGACGUCAAUGACUUUAAGCUUUUCAUGGAUAAUCAAAUUGAAGAAGUAAAUAAAACAUGUGAGAAGCAAUACAAAGAUCUUGAAAACAAGAUUCAAAAACAAAUUACGAGACGGUCAGUUUCAAGUGGCAUUGCAUUUUCGGCACAGCUGACGGUUCAACAGACACACAUUCAUAUUGGUACAGUAAUAAAGUUCGACAAAAUGACCUUAAACGACGCAUCAGGAUAUAAUAAACAAACAGGUGUUUUUACAGUACCGGAAGGAGGGGUUUAUAUGUUUUCCUACUUCAUUGGUAAUGGUAAUAAAGUUGGCCAGACUUGGGCAGCUUUGAUGCACAAUGGUAAGAGGAUCAAUAGCGCCGUUACGGACACUUUCCACACUAACGAGGACUUACAGGGAGGCAACAUGGUUGUAAUCCGGAUGAACAUAGGGGAUCGUGUGUGGGUGGAGACUUAUCAUCAGAAUGACGCGUAUUUAGAUGGUCCGAACGGAUUCACUUCUUUUUCUGGAAUAUUUUUAUAUGACUGAUAUGAAUUUUGAAUGACAUGCAAAAAAAGAUAAGUUCCCUAUGAAAACCUUAAAGUUCAAUGGAAGUAUUUAUUUUAAUAAAAGAAAAUAGUGUUUACAAUGUU